AUGAACACCAUGGAAGUGCAGGAGCGAAACGCGAAGCCCACAAUACAACAAGAUUUGAUUCAGAAGGUCAUUGGAUCGUUCGGAAAAUAUCAUCUUUGGCUAUGUCUCUUGAUAUUCUUAACGAAGUUCCCAGUGGCUUUCCACCAAAUGGCCAUUUUGUUUUUGUCACCAAAGGUGUCAUAUAGCUGUGGCGGUUCAGAACUUAAUAAUACAUGCCCGUGUCCUGACCCAGUCUACGACACUUCAAUAUUCUCGAGUACUAUCAUAACAGAAUGGGAUUUGAUCUGUGAUAGAAAAUGGCUCACCAGCUUUACGCAGACAAUAUUUCAAUUAGGAACAUUAUUGGGCAGUGUUUUCUUUGGUAUGGCGUCAGACAGGUUUGGAAGAAAAUGUCCUCUUCUAGUAGCUGUAGUGAUGCAAAUAGCGUGUGGUGUGGGGGCUGCGUUUGUUCCAGACUACUGGUCAUUCACCUUUUUACGAUUUGUCAUCGGGAUGUCAGUGGGAGGCACCAUGGUUACUGGAUUCGUCAUCGUUAUGGAGUUCGUGGGCACACAGUACAGAGAUCUCAUCUCAGCUCUUUACCAAGUGCCAUUUAAUUUGGGCCAUAUGUCAUUGCCACUUUUCGCAUAUUUCUUCAGAGAUUAUUCUGAUUUUCAAUUAUCAAUUUCUGCACCGGUAGUAAUUCUGCUAUCAUAUUUCUUCCUCAUACCGGAAACGCCAAGAUGGCUGAUAGCAGUGAAACGUACAGACGAAGCUAUUGAAGUAUUGGAACGAGUUGCUAAAGUAAACAAUCGCCCUACGGAUAAUAUCAGAGCAGAUAUCGAGGCAUACCAGGCAUCUUUAGAGAAACACCAACUGAGGAAAGGAAACUUUUUGGAUCUCUUCAGAACUCCGAAUCUUAGAAAGAACAUUAUAGCCAUGGCAUUUAACUGGUUGGCCUGCAGUUACUGUUUCUAUGGUGUUUCACAGUAUGUGGGUCAGCUAAGUGGCAACGUUUUCAUAAACGUAGCGUGCAGUGCAAGUGUCACUUUACUCGGCACGUUCUUAGCCAUACCUUUGAUGAAAGUUAUGGGGAGAAAAACGAUCGUAAUUACAUUCCACAUUAUUUGUGCAGUCUGUUUAUUGAUAUUGGCAGUGAUACCAGAAGGAGUGGGCUCAGUAAUUAGUGCCAGUAUAGGGGUAGUUGCCAGUUUUAUUGUAUUUUUGGUUGUAUAUCUAUAUUGUACCGAGAUGUUUCCAACUGUUGUUAGAAAUGCUGCUCUUGGUUUCUCCUCGAUGGCAGCUCGGAUUGGUUCUAUGGUAGCACCUUUUGUGAUAGGAAUGAGAGAUACAGCGCUGUGGAUGCCCCCAGUGGCGUUUGCUAUUCUGCCACUGUUAGCAGCCUUUAUAACUAUUUGUCUACCAGAGACUAAAGGUUGUGAACUGACAACUACUAUAGAAGAGGGUGAAGCGUUUGGGAAAAAAACGAAGCCUCUAAAACAAUAG